AUGUCUUCCGAAUCUCCUGUCCCAUCCAAUCCCUCGUUCUCCAUGUCCGCAUACAUGGUCCCCUCAACUCAGCACUCAUAUGAGUCCGAUGACGAGAUCGCCUCGCUUCCUUCCGAGUCAACCACCGAUUCGGACCUUGAAACACUUUCCGACGACUACUCGGAUGCGGAGGCGGAGUGGAGAGAGAGCAUCGAACAAUUGGAGUUAUUGUUGACCAUGGUCCUUGUCCCUUUCCUGGGCAAGUACUUGGGCCGUCGAUGUGCAUACUGGAGUAUAUUGAUUCUGAUUCAUUUCCUCUGUUGUAUUUUACUAAUCGGCUUUCAUGUAGGCUGGACACGGUUCAUGCAGUGGAAGUACCCAGUCGAGGUUGUCAUGCGGAGUCCCGGGGUAUUCAAGGGUAUCGGUGCCAUUGAGGCUGCUGCGAGCCUGUAA